AACGCGCACGUAAAUACCCCAGUCGCCGCCCACGGCUCUGCCACUGUGCUCAAUCACUUCUCUCGAGUUUACCAUUCAACAAACCACUCCCCUCCUCAUCUACCUGCCCUUCCAAACUGUCGCCAAGGGCAUUCCACCGUUUCUUCAGAACAAUGACUGAAGCAACGCAACUCGUCUACCAGCGAGACGGCCAACGCUUGCUUCACGGCGCCAAAGUCGUCUCUAUUGUCCCAGUAUCUGAACUCCCGCCACCAGACAAAGACCUUGUGAAAGAUGCAUCAGACGUAGAACACGCCAUCAUUACAGACUCAACCAUCUUCCACGUCCAGGGCGGCGGCCAACCCUCAGACAUCGGAACCAUGAACCCCUCCGAUGACGCAGCAACCAAAGACACGCCUACAUUCCAAGUAAGAUCCGUCCGGCAGCCCGCCCAAGGCAACCAAAUCCUGCAUUUCGGCCGCUUCGACCCCUCCAACGGAACCGCCAGCGCACCUUUGACCGCGGGAGCCCAACUCCAGCAGCACGUAGAUGCCGAGAAGCGCCUGCUGCACUCGCGCCUCCACAGCGCCGGCCACAUCAUGAGUCUAGCCAUCCACGCGCUCUGCCGCGAAGGCGUGCUACCCCCGCUCAAAGAAUCAAAAGCAUCGCACUACCCAGACUCUGCUUCCGUUGUCUUCAUUGGAAGCCUCGAAGCAAAGCACAAGGACGUUAUCCAAGCCAAGACGGACGAGUUCGUCAAGUCUGCGCGCCCGAUCAAGAUCCAUUGGUGGUCGAUGGAGGAGCUGAUGCAGAAGUGCUAUGCGAGUGAAGGGUUUGCGUUGCCUGAGGGGGAGACGAUGGGGCGGGUGGUGGAGAUGGAAGGGCUGGGGAGUUAUCCGUGUGGUGGGACCCAUGUGCAGGAUUGUAGUCAGGUGGGGAGGAUUGAGGUUAAGAAGAUUGCGAGGUCAAAGGGGACGACCAAGGUGUCGUACCGUGUUGCGUAGAGUGGAUGCGUGGAAAUGACUUUUAGGCGCCGGAUCGUAACCAUGGCGACCUGUCUUUUACAGAGAGUAGUCCGCGAGUCUAAAGUAGAACAAAUAGACUAGGAUAUUUUAAAAGUUUAUCCUGACCCAGUAUCACUAUUUGAACCUUUGUUCGAACAUGGACGUAGUGUACUUUUACUUUUAUAAAAAUUCUCCGUUCAUUAA